GAUCACUAGGAAGCAGUUCAAGACAAUUUUACACAGUAGAAAAUGACAAUCCAGAUAUUGAUCUACCAUUGUUUGAUGUAACCACAAUAUUAAAGGCUACCAAUUACUUUUCACCUAGCAACAAGAUUGGAGAAGGAGGAUUUGGACCAGUGUACAAGGGUGUACUCAAAGAGGGCAAAGAAAUUGCUGUGAAGAGGCUAUCAAAGUAUUCAACACAAGGAAAUGAUGAGUUUAAAAAUGAAGUAAUUUUAAUUGCAAAGUUACAACAUAGGAAUCUUGUAAAUCUUGUUGGAUGCUGCAUUCAUGAAGAAGAGAAGAUGCUUAUCUACGAAUUCAUGCCUAACAAUAGCUUGGAUACUUAUAUAUUUGAUAAGGAUCAAGGUAGAUUGUUGGAUUGGCAAAAGCGGUUUCGAAUUAUCAAUGGAAUUGCUCGUGGAUUACUUUAUCUUCACCAAGACUCCCGAUUGAGAAUAAUUCAUAGAGAUCUCAAGGCUGGCAACAUUUUGUUAGAUGUUGAUAUGAAUCCAAAAAUAUCAGACUUCGGUAUGGCAAGAAGUUUUGUAGGGAAUGAAACUGAAGCAAACACGCGAAGAGUUGUCGGUACAUAUGGUUACAUGUCACCUGAAUAUGCAGUCGAUGGUCAUUUCUCAGUAAAAUCCGACAUAUUCAGCUUUGGCGUCCUCAUUCUAGAAAUAAUAAGCGGACAAAAGAACAGAGGAUUUUUUCAUCUAGACCACCAUCACAAUUUGCUUGGACAUGCAUGGAUUCUACACAAUGAAGGACGCUCUCAAGAAUUAAUUGACUCACAUUUAGUUCAAUCAUGCUACUUAUCAGAAGUACUUCGAUCAAUGCAUAUCGCACUAUUAUGCGUACAGAGAAACCCUGAAGACCGGCCAAGUAUGUCGAAUGUUGUACUAAUGUUGGCAAGUGAAGGGGCAUUGCCUAAGCCUAAAGAGCCCGGCUUUUUCACAGAAAGAAAUUUAUUUCAUGAAGUCGAAACUUCAUCAAGUAAGCCUAUAGUAAGUUCUGUCAAUGAAUUGAGUUUCACAGUAAUGGAAGGUCGAUAAUAUAUAGUGCCAUAGGAGCAUAUAUCAAUCAUUUAAAUUAAAAUUUUCGUUCAACAAUAACAUUUUAUCAAUCUAUAUUUUUGAUCAA